CACAAAGCAGCUCCACGAGGCUUACGUGAUCUGUGGGCGUUUCAUCGUGGCUUGAAGCGUCAGCCAUGCGCCGCAUCACAGCACCGACGACGGGCAAGGGCAGCCGCGCCGCCUUGCUACAAGGCCCACGCGACGCGGCGCUUACCAGCACCAAGGUACUACUGCGCAAGGCGGAUCGCGGGCCCGAGUCGAUGGCCAAGAGCAAGCCCACCAUGGACGCUACCAAGGACUGCAGCGCGAUGCAAGCGAUCGACGCAGAGCGGUCGACCAAGCCGACGCUGGCCAUCAAGUCCAAGGCUGUCGAUCUAUGGAACGCCAAGAUCAAUCGGUGCCAUGACCGCGCCGUCAUCCACACCUUUCGCAACGCCUUGCUCGCACUGGACGUGACGCUGUCGGUUGCGAUCGGUGGCGGUCAAACGACAAGCUGCAUCUCGUCUGACAACAACAAUAAGGCGACGACGACUGCGCUGACGACGGCAACGAUCCCGAUCCAGCCGCAAUGCACGCUUCGCAAGCUCACGACCGUGUCCCUCACAGCGCGCUCGUCCAAGACGUCGACAUGUAUCGAGACCACGUACCAGGUGCCAUCGUCGUCGUGGCGUCUCGUGGCGACGACCGAUGACGGUACCGACCUUGGCAUCUACCAAGCGAUGCUUCCGUCGUACACGCUCAUCGCGCUCGUCUGGAAGGCCGGCCUCGACGUGCUUCGCGUCCAUGCCAUUGCGUCGCUCCCAGCACUCGCGACGUCGCUUCUUCAACGGGUCGUCGCACCCGUCUUUGACGAUGUUGACUCGCAGCACGGGUUCCGUGGGUACACGAUCGCCGUCACGAUGCGGCAGCUGGAUAGCACGGUACUCUGGGAGCACGAGUUCUAUGCCGUCGACUUUGAUCGCACCCAAGACGGUGCCAUGGCGUCCCUUCUCUCGCCCGCGGGCGCGUUCCGAGACAAGUGCCGGCUCUUGGCCGAGGUGCCGCACCUCGCAGUCGCCACGGAAGCGUUUACUAGCCGUGCGGCUAGCUGCGUCCUACUUGACGUGGCGAUUUGGGACUUUGAGAAAUCGUUGCGUGCAGCGACGAGCCACUGCGUGCUGCUACGACGCGAACCGCAGGUGGCCACUCUCGAUCUGGACGUCCCCAGUGCGCAGUUUCCAGACUCGAUCCACAUGGCCCUUGAGACGCCGGAUGUUACGUGCCGCAUCAACUGCGCCGCCUCAAAGAAACGUGCGGUGGUCCUGUCCGUAGUCGUCGGUCUCCGCCGCUUGUUUCUUCAGGCGACGUAUGGCGUCUGCACCUAGUGACGAGCCACCACUUUCAUGUAUUAUUGCAUUGCAUGGAUACUAAACUUGAUCGACAAAGUGUCCAACACGACUACACUGU